CAGCGCCCAAAUAUCAGACUGCCUACGCCUGUGAAGGUAAGAAAUUGACAAUUGAAUGCGAACCGGGCGAUCUUAUCAAUUUAAUAAGGGCAAAUUAUGGAAGAUUUUCGAUAACCAUAUGCAAUGAUCAUGGCAAUGUGGAUUGGAGUGUCAAUUGCAUGUUCCCAAAGAGUCUAACUGUCUUGAAUUCAAGAUGCUCUCAUAAGCAAAGUUGCAGUGUAUUGGCUGCGACUAGCAUGUUUGGUGAUCCCUGUCCGGGGACUCAUAAAUAUCUGGAGGCGCAUUAUCAAUGCAUUUCAGCAGCUCAGACAUCGACGACAACCAAUCGUCCAAGUCCACCGCCUUGGGUACUUAAUAAUGGUCCACCGAUAUUUGGUAAUGGAAGUGGUUUGAUACAUCCACCGAAUAAUGCACCACCGCCGCCACGUUUGCCCACAUUGUCCGGUGUGGUGGGCAUUAAUGGUAAUGGUGGGCUAUUUAAUGUGGCUCCAUCACCAGCUACCCAUGCCACGCCCACAAUCGGCGGAAGUACAGCCACAUUGCCAGGUGGAAGAUUAAAAGGAAUGGCCACAUCAUCGUCAUCAUCAUCAUCGACCACAACGACCAAGAAUCCAAGUGGACGACAUGAUGGUUUACCGCCACCGCCACAAUUGCAUCAUCAUCAUAAUCAUCAUACGGAUGAGACGUUGCCACCCACCAAAGCGAGUGGAAAAUUACCAAAUGCUGCGAAUAAUGCCACAGCUCCCUCUAACACACGCAUACUAACCGGUGUAGGAGGCUCGGGAUCAGAUGAUGGCACUCUACUGACCACGAAAAGCUCACCCAAUCGUACACCAGGAACUGCAAGCAGUGGCUCACCCAUUACAGGCAAUGGCAGCGCUGUGCGAACUAUAAAUAAUAUCAAUUUAAAUGCCGCUGGCAUGGCCGGAGGCGGUGAGGAUGAAUCGAAACUCUUCUGUGGUCCCACACAUGCGCGUAAUCUCUUUUGGAAUAUGACACGAGUGGGCGAUGUUAAUGUCCAGCCAUGUCCGGGCGGUGCUGCUGGCAUAGCCAAAUGGCGUUGUGUUCUGAUGAAGAGAAUACCCACAGAUUGGUUGGAUGAUGAAUACGAUGAUGAUCAGCAAUUGGCCAGCACAGCAAUGCCCACAGCAGUCGGGGAUUGUCAGCACAAUAGCAGCAAUUGUGAGCCACCAGUGAGCAUGGCCCACAAAGUGAAUCAACGACAACGCAAUUUUGAACCCACUUGGCAUCCACUCACUCCCGAUCUAACCCAAUGUCGAAGUCUUUGGUUAAACAAUCUAGAAAUGAGAGUGAAUCAAAGAGAUUCAUCUCUAAUAUCCAUAGCCAAUGACAUGUCCGAAGUGACUAGCAGUAAGACGCUCUAUGGCGGUGAUAUGUUAGUUACCACCAAGAUUAUACAAACCGUAUCCGAGAAAAUGCUUCACGAUAAGGAAACUUUUCCCGAUCAGCGGCAACGUGAGGCCAUGAUAAUGGAACUGUUACAUUGUGUGGUCAAGACGGGCUCCAAUCUAUUGGAUGAGUCACAGUUAUCGUCUUGGUUGGAUCUCAAUCCUGAGGAUCAAAUGCGCGUGGCCACGUCAUUGCUUACAGGCCUGGAAUAUAAUGCCUUUCUCCUGGCCGAUACCAUUAUAAGGGAGCGUAGUGUUGUUCAGAAAGUCAAGAAUAUAUUGCUCUCGGUGCGUGUGCUGGAAACGAAAACCAUACAAUCGAGUGUUGUUUUCCCCGAUUCCGAUCAAUGGCCCCUCAGUUCGGAUCGCAUUGAGUUGCCACGCGCGGCUCUCAUCGAGAAUAGCGAAGGGGGACUAGUUCGCAUUGUCUUUGCUGCCUUUGAUCGUCUAGAGUCCAUACUAAAGCCCAGUUAUGAUCAUUUUGAUUUAAAAUCCGCACGUAGUUAUGUGCGUAAUACAGCCAUCUUGGCCAAUGAUAGUGAUGUCAAUGCUGGAGGAGAUAUGCAACAACGUUUACGCAUACUAAAUAGUAAAGUUAUUUCCGCCAGUUUGGGCAAAGGUCGUCACAUACAAUUAUCACAACCCAUCACAUUGACACUGAAACAUUUGAAAACAGAGAAUGUAACCAAUCCCACCUGUGUAUUUUGGAACUAUAUUGAUCAUGCCUGGUCAGCCAAUGGUUGCAAUCUAGUGGACACGAAUCGUACACACAGUGUUUGCAGUUGUAUGCAUUUAACAAACUUUGCCAUACUCAUGGACGUUGUGGAUGAGCAUCAGCAUUCUCUCUUCACCAUGUUCGAUGGGAAUAUGCGUAUAUUUAUCUAUAUAAGCAUUGCAAUUUGUGUGAUAUUCAUAGUGAUUGCUUUGCUAACGCUGAAACUCUUUAAUGGAGUGUUUAUCAAGUCCGCCCGAACUUCCAUCUAUAGCAACAUUUAUAUUUGCCUCUUGGCCAUUGAGCUGCUCUUUCUGCUGGGCAUUGAACAGACCGAAACAAGCAUUUUUUGUGGUUUUAUACCAGUUUUUCUACAUUGCGCCAUCUUAUCGGGCACUGCCUGGUUUUGUUAUGAAGCCUUUCAUUCGUAUUCGAUAUUAACAUCGGAUGAAUUACUUUUGGAAGUGGAUCAAACGCAUAAAGUGAAUUGCUAUUAUCUCUUAUCCUAUGGCCUAUCAUUGUCUGUGGUGGCCAUAUCAUUGAUUAUAAAUCCAAGCACUUAUACUCAAAAUGAUUAUUGUGUGCUAAUGGAAACGAAUGGCUUAUUCUAUGCCACAUUUGUGGCUCCAGUUUUGUUCUUCUUUACGGCUGCCAUUGGUUAUACUUUCUUGUCGUGGUUUAUAAUGUGCAAGAAAAGUCGCACGGGCCUAAAGACCAAAGAGCAUACACGUUUGGCCAGUGUCCGCUUUGAUAUCAGAUGUUCCUUUGUGUUUCUUCUCUUGUUGAGUGCCGUUUGGUGUUCGGCCUAUUUCUAUUUGCGUGGAGCCAAAAUGGACGAUGAUGUGUCCACUGUUUACGGCUAUUGCUUUAUAUGCUUCAAUACUGUACUUGGGCUAUAUGUCUUUGUGUUCCAUUGCAUACAGAAUGAGAAGAUACGACGAGAGUAUAGGAAAUAUGUGAGACAACAUGCUUGGCUACCGAAAUGUUUACGUUGCUCCAAGACUUCGAUUUCAUCGGGCAUUGUAGCACCACCUGGUGGGAAUGGGGGUGUUGGUGUGGGUGUGGGUGGAGUUAUGCCAUCCACUGGAACAGCCAAGAAAUCAAAAUUACCAGAAGAAGUCUAUGAUCAUGAGCAGCAAGAGCAACAUAUGGCCAUUACAGAAGAUGCCAUAAUGGGAGCAACAUCCGAUUGUGAACUGAAUGAGGCCCAACAGAGGAGGACACUGAAGAGUGGUUUAAUGUCGGGCACUUUGCAAGCAACUACGCCAUCUGCCCAAUCCGUUGCCGGCAGUCAUGUUGUUCUGGAAAGAGGAACAUUGCGUUCCACGGGUCAUGCCUCGCCCACAAGUUCAGCUGGGUCAACGCAUCGCAUUUUUAAUCACAAGCAGCAGCAGCAGCAACAGGUGCCCGGAGAAGCUUAUUACCAUCAACCGGAUUACUAUAGCUGGAAGCAACCGGGACAGCCGGGAGGAAUGAAACAACAGCCACCCAGAGAGUAUUACAAUCAGAGUGGUGGAGGAGGUGGAGCCACUUCAUCGCCACAGCAGGCACAUGAGGUAUUCUAUUGGACACAGAAGCAUAAUAAUCAUCAUGGCAAAAAGAAACGUGGCGCUGGCGGUGGAGCCGGAGCUGUGCCACCCUCGCCAAGUGGUUCGCUACAUAGUCGUGCCACUGCCGCAUCGCAAGUGUUGUUCUAUCCAUCGUAUAAAAAGACCAAAGGAGGACAGCAACAGCCCUAUCCACAUUAUGCUGAAGCCUUGGAUCCCCCAUCAUCAGCUGGAGGAACAGCGGCCUAUUAUCAACAGAGGCGACAGCAGCAGCAGCAGCAACAACAACAACUCUCCUCCGAUGAGGAGCAAGCGGAACAGCAUGCUCAUCUCUUGCAUUUGCAACAGCGACGCGCUGGCGGUGGACAGCAACAACAAUUACCGCCACCACCGCCGCAUAUGGCGCAAUAUCAGCAGGAAUUUAUGCAGCGUCAAUAUAGAAAUAAGCAUUCCAACUGUGAUCUGGGCAUGGGCGAUGCCUAUUACAAUCAAGGCAGUGCCGGAGCAGCAGCUGCAGCAGGGCCCAACGGUGGAUCAUCCGCCGAUGGUCCAGUAUACGAGGAGAUCCUAAGCAAUCGCAAUUCGGAUGUCCAGCACUAUGAAGUCGGUGACUUUGAUGUCGAUGAGGUGUACAACAAUAGUGUCGGCACUGGGGUCUUUAAUAAUAUGCGUGCCGCAGUGGCUGCCAGUGGAAAUCGUGCUGGCUAUGCUGGCAGUUUAAGUGGUGGCAGUGUUUCGUCCAGAAAUCAACAACUCCAACAGCAACAGCAGCAGCUGCAACAUCAGCAACAAAUGGCUCAACAAAGAUCUGCGAGACGUUGUGCAGCCGACAAUGAUGACGACGACGAUGAUGAGGAGGAGGAAGAUGAUGAGGAGCCAACUGCUGGCCAACAACUGCAAGAUAACGUCUGUGAUGAGGAGGAAGAAGAGGAGGAGGAUGAUGAAAGCGAUAUGGAAGAUAUGGAAAUGGCACAUGGUUUGCCACCACAAAGUGACGAGCGUAUGCGUCGUCUGAUGGCCCUACAAGAUGAGGAUUUUCAGCGACGGUUUCAACGUCAGCUACGCAAGAAUGGUGCCCCAUUGGAUUAUGGAGCGGGUUUAGCACCACCAAAUGGAUCGCAUAAUCAUCAUCUUCAUCAUCAGCAGCAUCCCGAACAUCAGCAUCAACAUCAACAGAAUGGUGCGGUUUUUGGGGUUAGCGGCGGCGUUGGUGAGGGCUCCAUGCGUGGUGGCCGAUUGGCGGUAAAUGAGCUAUUUGGCCAUGGGCCACCACUGCCACCGGCCAAUCAGACACCCGCCCAGAAGCGUCAGCAGCAACAGCAUCAGCAUUUGCAAAAACUAUCACCGCAGUCCACAACAUCAUCGUCGUCGCAUACAUCGCACAGUAAUCCUUUGCAUCCUCCACUCCACCCCUCCACCUCCUCAUCGCUUGGCCAUCAGCCUCAACAGCGUCAUCUAUCGGCAAUGCUGGAUGAGAAUAACACAGUACGCUGUUACCUAGAGCCGCUGGCCAAGUAAAUAGAGAGCGCACAGCGGAUCGGAGCGGAGCGGAGGAGUAAACAGCAAACAGCUUAGGCAAAAAUUAUAUAGCUUAGGUCUCCCACUUUAGUAUUAGUCUUUAGUCGAAAUAAUUAAUGGAGCAUGGAGCAUGGUACAUGCUCAUCAUCAUGCUAUAUAUAUAUAUAUAUAUUAUGCUAUAUAUAUACGUGCAGUGAUUCGAGAAUCCCAAAUUGAAACCAACCAACAAGAAAGAAAAAAAAAACACAACAAAACAAAAA